AGCCGCGAAGCCCUCCCGCCGAACCAGCCGCGAAGCAGUCGCGAAGUACAGUAGCUAUUUUUUUACUAAUAUUUUCUGUCUGUGUCUGCAUUCUUGAGAUUGCCUCGUUCAUUUAAUAAUGCAAUUUGGAAUUAUAUAUUCAUUAUCUGGGCAGAUAUCUGACUGUGUAUUCUUCUUUAUGGGGUUCUUUGUUGAGUUGGUUGAGUUACCAGGAAGGAUUACUGAGAUUCUCUCCUUUAUCUGUCCUCCAAUUUUGGGUUUUUGGAGGGUUUAAAUAGUGUUUUGUCCUUAUUUCCGGAUUUUUCCUCCUAUACAGAUGCUUUGAUGAGAUUGUGGCUCUGCAUUCUCCAUGGAAAUUGUUUUCUGUAAAUGGGUCUGUGCUUUUCUGCUGUGCUGCUCUCCCAUCUUUUCUAUUGGGCACUCAGGUUUGGUCUGUCACUUGUUAUUUUCUUGAUUGAUAUGUCUUUUCUAGCUUUGAAGAUUAUAGUUGUUGAAAUUUGAUCAAAAUGUAACAUAAUUCAGUUCUUGGUUUGCUGUGUUAAUUGGAGGGAUUGCAUGGAAGUUCAAAAGUAAGAGGAGUGAACUUAGGUGGAUGGUUGGUGAUAGAAGGGUGGAUAAAGCCUUCUCUGUUUGAUGAUAUUCCCAAUGGAGACAUGCUUGAUGGUACCGAGGUCCAAUUCAAAUCUGUCACUUUGCAGAAGUAUAUUUCCGCGGAGAAUGGGGGUGGCUCGGGUGUUACUGUGGAUAAAGAUACGCCUUUAUCAUGGGAAACAUUUAGAUUAUGGAGAGUAUCAGAAUCAAUCUUUCAGUUCCGAUCAACCAAGGGACAAUUUCUAUCGUGCAAUGAUAACGGAGGCAAUGUGACUGCAACUGUGCAAUCGCCUUCUGAUUCAGAGACGUUUUAUGUUGAAAGGAACUAUAACAAUAGAGUUCACAUCAAACUCAAAAAUGGAGGUUAUUUGCAGGCCUCGAAAGACAACCAGCUCACAGCAGACUAUCCAGGGACACCGGGUUGGGAUGAUAAUGCUGCCACAUUUCAAAUGACAAUUGCGUCGAAUAAUUAUCAUAGGAACAUUAGCUAGUAUGUGAAAUAGUAAUGUGAUGUAUUGCUUUUAUUGAUUCGGUACAAAGUUUGGCAUAAUAU